CUUUCUGGAGAUUAGUGAUUUUCUUCGUGAACGAGGCUAUAUGAGAUGUAUAUAAAAUACAGUUUGUAGUCGUUCCUUUCCUUCUCUUUCCCGUUCUUCCUCCACGUCUUCGAUUGGACGCCUCCUUUCUCCCGUCCCAUUCUCUCCUCCCAUCAAACUUUUUCGAAUGUAAAACUGUUACAGCCGAGUUGGAGCGGGAUACAAGGACGUAUUACAGGACAUUUCAGUAAUUAAACAAUACGAGGGAAAAUUAAGUGCAUAAUUUAAAAUUGGAGCCAGAAAUUUAAGUACUAGCCGAUGUAUUUUUUUACUUCCGAAAAUGUGAAACGCUUUUAAGGCUAUUUAUUGAGAAUAAAGAAACACGCUGUUCUCCGACAAUAGUACUCACACGUGCGGCAGGAGUUAUACUCCUUCUGAAGGAGCGCACUGAAGAUAUAAAUAAAUAUCUAAAUAUAGACGUAUUUUAAGUUUGGAGGAAUUAACAUGGUGGAUAAGGGCCCUUUAUUGACUUCAGGUAUAAUUUUUUACCUGUCUAUCGGGGCUGCGAUAUUUCAAAUUUUGGAAGAACCGAACUGGAAGCGUGCCGUUUUCAACUAUACUGCUGAAAAGGAAAGAAUACUCAACGACCACCCUUGUCUCAAAAAAGACGACUUGGACCGAAUUUUGAAGUUGGUGUCAGGGGCCGCAAGUCAAGGCAUCACUAUUGUUGGCAACAGAACAUUACAGAACUGGGACUGGCGCAAUGCUGUCGUUUUCUCAGCCACAGUCAUUACCACGAUUGGUUAUGGGAACAUUGCGCCUAAGACGGCCCGAGGCAGGAUCUUCUGUGUCAUCUAUGGGCUUUUUGGCAUCCCCCUGUGCCUCACUUGGAUCAGUGAGCUGGGAAAGUUUUUUGGAAGCCGAGCCAGACGUUUUGGCGAGUUCCUUAUAAGGAAGGGUCUCACCCUGAGGAAGGCCCAGUUUACGUGCACUGCCAUCUUCCUGCUUUGGGGCUUGGUGGUGCACCUGCUGAUCCCACCCUUUGUGUACAUGUAUUAUGAGGGCUGGUCCUAUGUCGAGGGUUUCUACUUCUCUUUUGUCACCUUGACCACCAUUGGUUUUGGUGAUCUAGUGACAGCUGUGGAUCCAAAUGCAGGUUACCCGGUCCUCUACUGCUUCUUUGUCCAGUUAUGGAUCUGCCUUGGCUUGGCUUGGCUGUCGCUGUUCUUCAACUGGAAUGUCCACAUGGUUGUGGAAGCCCAUAAGGCCCUGAAAAAGAGGCGAAGGCGCCACCUGGAGGGCCCACAGCAGCAUGAAAAGGUUGAGGCUAAGCCUGUUCCACCCAACGCCGUCGACAUCUUCAGCUUUCUGUCAGAGAAACAUGAGGGUUAUAGUGAUCAUAUCAAGCACAUCGGUGAGGAGAAGAGCAGGGACAAUGCCAUAGGGACGGUUUUGAUUCGCUCCAAGAGCUGCAGUGACAAUAUCGGCGGGAUGAGGAUCCUGACGUACGACCGCUCACUGCGACGGAAGCGCCGCCACAGUUUCAGUGAGCACCUCUCCGAGGCUUACGCCAGGAGGAUGAGCCAAGUUCAUUCUGAUGUAGGCAUCUCCCAGGAUUCAGUCAGCAUCCAGCUGAAUAUAGAGGCUUCAGAGGAGGGAGGGACCAUAUGGGCAACCAAGGAAAAUCAGCCUCUCCUCUCUGAGGAGGACGGCAUCUGCCCUGUGACUGAAGAGAACCUCCUGAAUAGUGGCGAUGAGUCUGGAACCAGGGACUCCACGGCGGAAGAAAAAGCCGGGGCUGAGAGCUCAGCAGCGGAGGAAAGGAGCUCAGGCUCAGAGGAUUUGGAUUUUGACUUAGUUAAUUCAAUCUACUACAGUUCCCGAGAACAGCUAGUGAAAGAUGAAGAUAAUGGUUGAGACUCUGCUAGCUCUAGUGGUGUCAUUAAUUUGGAUAAGACUUUCUAUCCUCAAUAUUACACAAAUUGCAUUUCAGUUCAAAUGUUUCAUUCAAGUGAUGAAAUGUUUCAUAGAAAGUGUUGUGCAGCAAUUUACAACCUCGGAAGACCACAGUCAUCUGUGUCACACUCAAAGGGUUACUUUAAGGCUUAAUGCUAUGUCCUGCAUCACUGAUUCAUACAAACAAGACUGAGAGAACAAUGAUAUAUAUUGUCACUGUCCAGUGAAAAAUUUUCUCCAAAGAUCCAUUAUUUCCGGAGCGGAGAAAAAUGCAUUUUCUCAGAAACUACUUUACAAAAUCAACCUAAAACAAUGUGACACCCUGUUUGUUUUAAAUGGACUUUUGUGGAUUUUUUUCAGCCAGGGAAAUCUAGCUAUCAACUUUAAGUUAAAAUUGGCGAUAUAAAGCAAUCCAUACACACAACCAUCGUGAACAGAAAUGUUAAGUAGUACAAACAUAAGUACUAGUUAAAUAGAUGACUUUAUGAAGCAUUUUUGCAUUCGUCAAUUAGAUGUCAAAUGCUAUCAGUAGACGAGGUGUAUAACAUCAAUAGUAAAAAAAUCACAAUUGACGAAAAAUGGUCAAACACGGUUUUCAUUGGACAGCAGUGAUUUAUUUAGUAAUUUAUUCAUUAAGAAAAUAGAGGCUCAAUAAUAUCUAUGGGCUCAAUGAUACCAGUUUUUAAAGCACAAAAGAUAAUUGUCAACAGCUAGCUGGUGUUGAAAGCUCAGUAAGUUUUUUCCCUAUUUAUAGAGUACCCUGAAACACUCUUCGGCGCUUUGUCCAAUUUCAUUUUCUAGAUAAUGAAAGGAAAUCUCAGGUGAUCUGUCCACACAGCUAGCUGCAUGUUGUGUAUUCACCAUGUUGGUGCUUAUUACAGCUUUGAUAAAAUGACAGUCCUUCCUGUGGAGGGUGUUCAGGACUACCCCGAGCCACCAAGAAACAUUUAUCUGGAAUUGUUGGAAAGUGCUUUGACUACUGAUAGUCAUCAUUCAGGCAAUUACAGAGGGAUACUUGACUCACCAGUGAGCUGAUUUCUUUGACUUGCAUUCUUCAGACUUCUCUGCAAGAUAUUGUCUUUCAAAGUGUCACAGAAGGCUCUUUUUGGGGUUAAUAUAAAUCUCUGUUGGGCCUUGGAGAUCUCUCACAUUAUGUAUGUUUCUGAUGAUCUCAGGUAAUAUUGAAAUUUGAUGAAGCUGAGAUGUCCACUGUUUAUUAGAGCAGUAAUGUAUUGAGUUGGACAUGAUGAAAGGAAAUGUAGCCACAGCACUGUAUUUAUGACUUGAAUGACUGACAAAGAGAAGCUGCGCUUUUGUCCUUAUCCAAAGGCAGCACUAAGCUGUGAAAUGGUGUUUCCUGUCAGGAUAUCCGCCACCUUGCCUUGCCACGCUGUAUUUGUAGCAUAGACUCAGUUGCUGCCUAGCAUGGACUGUAGUGCUAUAUUCAUACAAUUAAUCAAAUAUUCACAGAUGGUAAUAUCUCACUCUCCGCUACCCCAAGCCGUUGCAGCCCGUUUUUCCUCAAACUUUGUCCCAAGUCGAAAAACAAUGACGUUUUACACACUAACACUUCAGAUCUAAGAACAGUGCCUUAUGGACGCACUUCCUCUCUGGGUUUUAAAUAGCAGUAAAGGAAGUUCUGUGCCCUGCUGCUGGUUAUUUUUUAGUUUCAAAUAUACACAUACAUUUCUUAGUGUGUCUACUGUUGUAAAUUUUAAUAAAAAGUAAUAUUUAUUCAUCACUCCAACAGUAUUAAUAUAUUUUAUAUAUAGGUGAUAUUCUUUGUAUAUAUAAAACAUUCCUCCGAAUAACCUUUGUUUUUGCUGCAAAAAAAAAAAUGUAUCACCCCAUAAAGUGCCAUAUGAAUGGUUUGGUUAAGAAUCCUGUUGACUGAAGUCACUAUCCCUGAUUCCGCCAUCAAAGAGACCCUGUCUGAAAAAGAGAGAUGUAGCAGAUCAGAACAAGGUAGGAACAUGACCAAACAUGUCACAAGCCAAACAAUGCUUGGAUAGAUGAAUCGAUGAGAAUUUUGCAUGGGUGAAUCAAAAGCAGAAAUUUCUGGCUGGUAAAAACCAGACUAAUUUUACACGCUUGCGAGUGGUCGGAUACAGUGGUAGUGCUGUCAUAGUUUGAUAAGUGAGAAAGUAACUGCAUGCACUGCAGUUAAUAUAAAGAGUAGCAAUUUAAGAAAUAUAAGGAUUACUAUUUUUCACAUGGGAGGGUAUUUUUAGGUAUUUUCUUAAUUAGUAUAAAUUUUUCAUAAUUUGUUCAGCAAGAUACCCUUUGAUUUAGUAUUUUGUUAUAAAAUAUACAAACCUACAAAAAUGUGUUAGGGAACAAAUACUUUCCUAUGGAUCCCAAGUCUGGGGAAGGUACAUAUUUCAAUAACAUUUAGUAAUGUUUUAUAGAAAGACAAAAAAACGUAGAAUUAGCUUUGUUAGAUGGUUUUGAAUUGAACAAAUCAGCCUACUGCAGGAUGCUGAGUCCAAAUAAAUUAUGGACAAAUGUUUAGUGUAUUUUUAUUUUGCUGGUUUUUGAAUGUUUCCAUUCGUGGGGGGGGGGGGGGGGGCAUGGCUCUGCCUUCAGUUCAAAUUGUAAAUUUUCUGUUUGCUAUGUUUAGUUGAAUUGGGCUCCAUAGUUGACAGAUGACUAUUGAAUAAAACAUUAAAACCUUUUUUCACUCUCA